AUGUCGUCUACAUCCAGCAACCGGCCUAAGAAGUACAUGUGCUCGUACGAGGGCUGUGAGAAGGCGUUUACCAGGUCUGAUCAUCUUCAGCGCCACAUGCUCAACCACGGCGACGGUUCGAGCACUUGCCCCCGAUGUGGUCUGCACUUCAAAAGACCCGACCUUUUGGACAGACACAUGGUUCGACACCGUCAGAGAGAUGAAGAAGCUGGUGGUGAAGGGUUUGGGAUCAUUGAGAGCAGAAAGAAGCUCUGGAAAGAUGCCAAUGGCAACAUCGUCAAGAAACGACCACCUCCAGGCGAAAUAUGCAAGGUAUCAGCGAAGAAGUCGACCACAGAUCCCAACAACCACAAUCAAUCAGCAUUUGCCGAGGGCUAUAAUUCCCAAGCACUCCACGCAGAGCCACCAUCGCCCCCAAAAUCAAUGCUGAGCGUCGAAUCUUUUGAGCAGCUCACCCACCAGUUACCAGAUUUGCCGGAUGAGGAAGACUUUAUGGACUCCACGGUAGCCCCGAAUAUGUUUGACUUCCUGGCUAAUUCCUCCUGGGGAUUAACUUCAGCCGCAUCCCUCAAUAUCGCAGACGAUAUGCCCUUUGGUGAUAUGUUCAAUCCUGACACUGCGAGUUCAUUCAACAUGCCUUUCACGACAAUGCACAAUUACAACUGGCUGUUUGACAUUGGCGAUGCGACGUGCUCACCAAUCUCAACUAAUAUGCUGCUCAACUCGAGCGUCGUGCCAGAAUCUCAGAGACCUUCACAAGAGAAUCAAUCGUAUGACAUGCAAAGGAAACCUGCUCAACCAUUGCCAGUGCCUACUACAUUCAGCUCCAGUAGGAGGAUGACUAGCAACGACAUGGCAGAGGAGUCUUACACACAGCAUUCCUCACUGCAACACCUGCGCUCCGUGGAAGGUUCCCGGAAUGCAAAAGCAUUUCAGUCCAGUUCCAUGACUUCUACCGGAUCAGCCGUCGCGCCCACCAUUACAUCCUUUCCUCCAAUGGACCAAAAUUUAGCAGGCAAUCUUGCACCCGAAAUUGGUAUGUCUCGUCCAUCGACCACAUCGCGGGCUUCCACGGAGAAUCACACGAUCGCAUAUCCAUCGACCCACCAUUCAGAUGAGCCCACUCCAUACACAAAUACGCAGGGCUUCUCGCCGAUACAGCCUCGCACGAUGAUGCCUGCCAUGGACGACAGUUCUCGCAUCAGAUUAUUAGAUCUACUCAUAAACGCGCGGCUCAGAACUCCAGAAGGUCUGGAAAUCACGCACGAUCACCCCCUGUUGUCCCUGUCUGCCAUGCAAAACUAUCUAGAGCUGUUCUUCUCUCGAUUCAAUGUCACAUACCCUCUUUUGCAUCAACCCACCUUCAAUCCGUCCCAAGCAGAACCUCUACUCUUGUUAUCUGUACUCCUACUAGGGGCCACGUAUAGCGACAAAGCUAUCCAUCGCCUGGCAGUCUGCAUUCAUGAUAUUCUAAGGGCACAGAUAUUCCAGCAUUCCUCUUUCUCCGCCACUCCAGAAUUGUGGAUUUUGCAGACCAUACUUCUCGUUGAAUGCUUCGGGAAGUCGCGUGCUGGUCAAAGGCAACAUGAUAUGUCCCACCUGUUCCAUGGACUGUUGAUCAACUUGAUUCGGCGAAGCGACUGCCAGACAGUAAGACAGCCUAACUUCAGCGAUGCUCUAGGGGAUCUUGAGUCGAACUGGCGGAAAGCAAUUGACGUUGAGCUUCGGAAGAGGCAAGAGAUUCAAUAUUCCUUCUCAAGCAACGCCGCACUCAACUAA